AUGGGCGCCGAUGGUGAAGCCAUCUUUUCGAGCCUCCUUUUAGACUGUGGUUUGUUCAUCAGCAAUAAUGACCACAAGAACACCUUUGUUCAGAUUAGCGGUUUUCCAAUACACGACCUAUGCCUCCAACGUGGCCGUGACACGAAUCCUCAGACCACCUCCAAUGCCAACCAUACAACGACGGCUUCGUGUCGAACGCUAAAUCAAAUCGUUAUCGUGCGCAGCCGCAUGCUCUAUAGCAAACCAUCGCUCAACCACAACGGAGAAGUCUCAUUCGGACUAAAGCCGGUCCACGUACUUAACAAAGUGACGAGAUUGAGCAGCGAGGUCGGUGACCCUGUUCUUCUGCAGUACAUAUUUCCCCGACAGUUCAAGCUACAUAACGUGUUCACCUUCAUCACUGACCGGACGGAAACAGUGCAGCCAUUUAAGGACUACUCGUUUCGCAGGGACGUUGAGGACGAUCCGGCCGCCACAUCCAAGCCAAUACCUAAGCGACUGCGUCAUGGUGUUCUUCACCUGGUCCAACAAAUACAGCCUAGGCUAUCCUCUGUAGCCAAUACCAAAUCCUUAAGUCCGAAAUCGACUGUGCUGCAGACCCAGAUCGGGACAGUCUCUGUUGAUGUACCAGAACCAGCUCUUGGUAAACCGGUCGAUGUUGAGCAAAGAGAAGGGUCGUUUCUUCCAUAUGCCACGCCAACAUGCCAUGUCGUUGCGUUCUGCCAAGCGACAAUCAAACGACUCUUGCCAAGUGAUACUUUUGGCAGAGGUAGUGAUGGCGUCGAGAAUUGGCGCAAGGUACUUGAUCGUGUGGACCGAUUUGCAUGCAUGCGGAGAUUUGAGACCAUUAGCAUGCAUGAGCUCGUCCAAGGGCUAAAGAUCAAGGCGAUCAGAUGGCUCGCCCCAGAGCAUGUUGGGUCUGAUGUCAAAGUAGCAAUUACAGACGUCCGCAAACGCGCUGAGCUACUCAAUGAAUUCAUCUAUUAUAUGUUCGAUUCCCUCCUGAUACCACUCGUGGCUACAAACUUCUAUGUCACCGAAAGUGGCAUCCACAGAAACAAACUGCUCUUUUUCCGACACGAUGUCUGGAAGCGUUUGUGUCAGCCGUGCUUGAGGUCGGCAAUGAUGAGCUCUCUGACCCCAGUGGCUUCGAACGUGGCGCGACAGAUACUUCGAAACGACCAGCUAGGAUACAGCACUAUUCGAUUGCUCCCCAAAGAAGCUGGGACACGUCCGAUUGCUAACCUGAGCCGUCGGGUGAUCAGGGUCGUCAAUGGUAGGAGAUUUCUCGCCCCUAGUAUCAAUACUCGCCUAUCACCUAUAUUCAGCAUCUUCAAUUAUGAGAAAGAACACAACCAUGUGGCCUUCAAUCAAUGUGCCUUCUCAAUUCAUGAUCUACACAGAAAGUUAGCUGGGUUCAAAGCUCAGAUUGGUAUGGAGGGGCAACCUACAUUGUACUUUGCUAAGGUUGAUAUUCGGUCAGCCUUCGACAGCAUUCCUCAACAACAACUGCUCGACUUCAGCCGUAGCUUGUUUCAACACGAGCAAUAUCACAUAACCAGGCAUGCAGAGAGCAGGAUCUUCGAUUGCCGUGACAUACCGAGGACGUCAGUCAAAUUUUCCAAGGCGGCGAGACCUGUGGGUUGUCCAGAUGGUUUGCUCUCUGGUGAGCCAUCGCGGGCCACAAAGAAUGCGGCGAUAUACAGUAAUCUGGAUCAGCAUCAGUUCAUCUCCAAGCAGCAAGCAGAAGGUUUGUUACGAAGGCAUAUCCAGGCGAACCUCAUCCGAAUCGACAGAAAGUACUACAGGCAAACAGAAGGCAUACCUCAAGGAUCCGUCUUAUCGAGUAUGCUGUGCACAUUCUUCUACAAUGAGUUUGAGAGGACGAGACUUUCGUUCCUCCAACCUCGUAACUCGGUACUCCUCAGGAUCAUCGACGACUUUCUGCUAAUAAGCACACAACGCUCGGAAGCGAUUGCGUUUGUCGAGGCAAUGAAGUCUGGCGACACGGACUACGGAUUACGUGUCCAUCCAGAGAAGAGUCUUGUCAAUUUCGACAUGGUCGUCGAGGGUGUUCAAAUUCCUCGGCUGUUCAACUCUACUUCUUUUCCGUUCUGUGGUCUGUUUGUAGACACCGAGACUCUUGACGUUAGCAAGAAUCGCGUCCGCAAGGACAAUGUCAUUGCAAAUACAUUAACAAUCGAUAGACACGGUCAGGCAGGAGUAAAGCUGAAACGAAGAGUAGCGCAAUCGCUCCGGAUACAGCUGCAGAGCAUUUUGCUCGAUGGAACUCAAAAUAGUAGCACACGAGUGCUGCAGACUUUGAUCGAGUGCUUCCAAGAAAGCGCUAUGAAGCUGCACCAGCAUUGUGCCAGUAUGCCCCGAUCAAGGCGUCCAGGUCAGAAGAUGUUGAUUGGUCUUAUCGAGCAGUUGAUCAACGUUGUCUUUGACACUAUGAAGCAGUAUCCUAGUACAGAUAAGCAGUACAUGACACGACAUCAAGUUUGCUGCAUAGCUGCCGUAGCGAUUAUGCAAGUGUUGCGGGCCAAGAAUGCUUCGUAUCCGCAGGUCUUGGUGUGGCUGCAUGACUUGAAGGUACACACGCAAUAUAGCAUGAACCAGGAGGUAAAGGUACUGGAUGGUCCAGUAGCUGCUGGUUCCAGGGCAGUGAAGCAUUAUGUUUACUAA